UCGCCGUCGGUUUCCGCCUGAAGUCCAAAGCGGCGUCAAGACGAACUGGGAAGAUUCAACACCACCACCUCCAAUAACUAAACUAUACAAUGAAACUGCUCGCGAUAUCGCCCUCUCUCGAUGUUCGCUUCGUCACAGUUGUGCUGCUGGUGAUGGGCCUUUCAACUCCCGGACAAGCAGAAAUCACCAGUCUGGAUUCAGGCAACAUUGAUGACGUCCUAAAUAAUGCUGGAGUGUCUAUAGUCAAUUUUUACGCAGACUGGUGCAGGUUCAGUCAGAUGCUCCAUCCAAUUUUUGAGGAGUCCUCCAACAUAGUGAGGGAGGAGUUCCCUGAAACCAAGCAGGUGGUGUUUGCCCGUGUCGACUGUGACCAACACUCGGACAUAGCCCAGCGGUACCGCAUCACCAAGUAUCCAACAUUGAAGUUGUUCCGCAAUGGGAUGAUGAUGAAGAGGGAGUACAGGGGUCAGAGGUCAGUGGCGGCCAUUGCUGACUUCAUCCGCCAGCAGCAGGUCGACCCAGUGAAAGAGAUGAACUCAAUGGAGGAGGUUAAUACUCUGGAUAGGAGCAAGAGAAACAUCAUAGCUUACUUUGAAAAAAGGGACUCGGAUAACUACCACACUUAUGAAAAGGUUUCCAACAUCCUUCGUGAUGACUGCACGUUCUUGGCUGCCUUUGGAGCCGUAUCUGAGGCCGAGCGCUUCAGUGGGGACAAUGUAAUCUACAAGCCAGUAGGGGAGAGCACCCCUGACAUGGUCUACCUCGGCUCACUAAGCAAUUUCGACCUGACCUACGCUUGGGCCCAGGACAAGUGUGUGCCUCUGGUUAGGGAGAUCACCUUUGAAAAUGGAGAGGAGCUGACUGAAGAAGGAAUCCCUUUCCUCAUCUUAUUCCACGUUAAAGAAGACCCAGAGAGUUUAGAGAAGUUCCAGCAUGAAGUGGCUCGCCAGCUCAUCAGUGAGAAAGGGUCUAUAAACUUCCUGCACGCAGACUGCGAGAAGUUCCGGCAUCCUCUGCUUCAUAUCCAGAAAACUCCUGCUGACUGUCCUGUCAUUGCUAUCGACUCAUUCCGACACAUGUAUGUCUAUCCCGACUUUAAAGAUAUCAAUAUUCCUGGCAAGUUGAGACAGUUUGUGCUGGACCUUCACUCUGGAAAGCUGCACCGAGAGUUUCACCACGGCCCUGAUCCCACAGACAGUACGCCAGGACAGGAGGAGACGGGAGAGGAAGUGGCCAGCAGCCCUCCAGAGAGCUCGUUCCAGAAGCUGGCGCCCAGUGAGACUCGCUACACCAUCCUCAGUCGGGACCGCGACGAGCUGUGACCUCAACAGCCUUCGAGUGAUCCUGUGACUCAAUGCCAUGCCCCAGGGUCAGGGAGGGGGUUAGGGUUGGGACAGGCCGCGGGACAGAACAGCAACACCCAACACCCUUACUGAAGAGAUAGCUAUGAGACGAGGAGGAGAAUGAAGAGGAGGAGAAAAGGGACAACAGAAGGAGUUCAGUCCACGACACAACCAUGUUGGAAUAACCUAUAUUUUCAUAACUCUUUCACAAACUGUUUUUAUUUUGGAUCAAAAGGUAGGAGGGGGGGGGGGGAGAAGAAAUUGUGUUUGGCAGGUGUUAGGGCCAUUAGGACAUCAAAAGAACAGUUUUUUAUUUUAUUUUUUUUGGAGCUUGUAAAUAUGUUUGUGCUACAUGGGAGUCUCAUUGUUGGUCUAAAUUAAAUACAGAGUUUUCUUUAUUUUAUUCCUUUCUUUUACAUCACCCGGCUUUUUGUAGAGUAAAAUAACAGCGCAGUCCCCUCCCUCCAGUUGUAAGGUUCUUAUCUGUGGGUAGUCCAGUUCAGCCUGUGUGAUAGGAGACGUUUGUUGUUUAGUCUCACUGACCUCAUGGCUGCAUCUCAAUAUGAACAACUCUGGUCUAAUUCCUUUGUACAUUUGUAAGUUAUAACAAUAUACCUGUUUGAAGUAGCUUUAUCUCCAUAUCUUCUCCACACACAUUCUGAAGGAAUAGAAAAAUACAAUUUUAAAUGUUUAGUCGUGGCCACUUCUAACCAUGACUUGACAGAAGAUAAAAAGACAGAGCUACUUCAGCCUAUUGAGAUGCACCCCUUCUCUCCCUGGUACUAAAUGGUUAUAGAUCAUGUUGUCUCUUACAGUGCUUAUAAAAAGUAUUGCCCCCUCUGACAUUUUUAUGCGUCACUGUUCAACAAAACUGAAUCACAGUGGAUGUAAUUAGUUUUGUUUUUUUCUCAACAAUCAACAGCAAAUACUGUAAUGUCGAAGUGAAUGAGCCUUCUGGCCAUGAUACUACAUUGUGUGUUUAGUUAACGCCAGAACCACAACAUCCCCAUCAUGAAUCCUGGUGGUGGUGGCAGCAGCAUGCUGUGUGGAGGCUUCUCGGCAGCCGGCCCUGGGCAGCUUGUGGGGGUUAUCUUUAUGCAGCAAGACAUACAUCUACAACCCCAAACAUUAUGCCACAUCUACACAGGAUUUAAAAGAAGAAUGUGAAAUAAUUAUUUUCCAGAUGUGUAAUACUGUUACAGACCUAUUGAAGUAGACCUAAAGGCUGUAACUGCUGCCAAAGGUGCCUCUUUUAAGUAUUGUCUUGAAGGACAUGGAAACUUGUGCAAUCGGGAAUUAUUAUUUUUUUGUUCCCAAGAAAUCUGAACAUCUUAUUUUUCUGUUGAGUGGCUAAAAUGCUUUUGAACUCCACUACUGUAAAACGUUAAGUCAAAGGGGGCUGGAUACCUAUUUAAAAAGCACAGUAUUUGCCAUAACACCUGAGUUUGCAAUUAUGUACGUUCAAAUUAUUCUGAAUUUAUGAACUGGCUGUUGUUUUUGCUUUUACCUGCUGUCAAAUGUGUCAUCAUGCUGGGGGAGAAUAAACUGCGUCCUUCCCAGUGUUUUAAAAAGCCUAGACGAGGGGAAAACCCCAUGUGAUAAACGGUGGACAUUUACAGUCUGCCACUUUCUACAACUUCUCUUAAAACUGGUUUAGUCUCUUUGAGGUUUUGGUACAAGUUCAGUUCCCUGAGAUGCUCCGAGUAUGAAUUAAUCCAGAAGCGGAAGCCAGAUUAAGAGUGCGGGGAAUCAUUGCUAAAUUAGUACUGUGCAUCUCUGCCCUUCCAUAGAGGCCUACAGAGGCCCGCUUAGUGACAUAUCAGCCCACAUACAGGAGAGCAACAGGGGGAGUGUGAUGCCAUUUCUAAACCAGUCAUCUCACAGGGGAAGAACAGUACAAAAAUGAAAAGGUAAAUUAAAAAACAUUUUACAGAA